GCCCGUGGGGCUCGGCGGCCUCCCUAAAUAGCAGCCAUGCGGCUCCGGGGCGCAGUGUCCCCGUGGGUCCCCGACGGUCAGGACGCCCCCUCCGCCUGGUGUGCGCUGCAGGAGCCACUGUCCCGCAGGUGCUCGUGAUGAAGAGGGACCUGGCUCUGAUGGGCCUGGCCUUCCUGUGGCUGCUUCCACUGGGACGUCCUCAGCAGACGGCGGAAGACGCUUGCUCCCUGCACAUUCUCGUCCCGGGACUCAAAGGGGAUGCCGGAGAGAAGGGAGACAAAGGCGCGCCCGGACGGCCUGGAAGAGUCGGCCCCACGGGAGAGAAAGGAGACAUGGGUGACAAAGGACAGAAGGGCAGUGUGGGUCGCCAUGGAAAAAUUGGUCCCAUUGGUUCUAAAGGUGAAAAAGGAGAUUCUGGUGACAUAGGACCCCCUGGCCCUAAUGGAGAACCAGGCAUCCCGUGCGAGUGCAGCCAGCUGAGGAAGGCCAUCGGGGAGAUGGAUAACCAGGUCACCCAGCUGACCACCGAGCUGAAGUUCAUAAAAAAUGCACUGCCCCCCCCCGCAGCUGUGGCCGGCGUGCGCGAGACGGACAGUAAGAUCUACCUGCUGGUGAAGGAGGAGAAGAGGUACGUGGACGCGCAGCUGUCCUGCCAGGGCCGCGGGGGCACGCUGGGCAUGCCCAAGGACGAGGCCGCCAACGGCCUGAUGGCCGCCUACAUCGCGCAGGCCGGCCUGGCCCGCGUCUUCAUCGGCAUCAACGACCUGGACAGGGAGGGCACGUUCGUGUACUCGGACCGCUCCCCCAUGCAGACCUUCAACAAGUGGCGCAGCGGCGAGCCCAACAACGCCUACGACGAGGAGGACUGCGUGGAGAUGGUGGCCUCGGGCGGCUGGAACGACGUGGCCUGCCAUGUCACCAUGCACUUCCUGUGCGAGUUCGACAAGGAGCACGUGUAGCGGGCCGCCUCCCGGGUGGCCGCCCCCUGGCCCUGUCCCCCCGCCCCCGGCCCCCUGCCUCCUGCACGGGGCCCCUGGUGCCCGCGGCCCGCCGUCGGCAGGACAGGCGACAUUGCCGGGCGUUAUUGCUGCAGACGUGAGGUCUGUCACCCGUAUGGUAGCCACACGCUCACUAUGGAAUUAUUACUCAGCAUCGCUCUCGCCUUUGUCCAAACUAUAAAAUAAAAGCUCGAAAGACGA